AUGACUGGAGGGAGGAUCAAGUCCAAAGCUGCCUCGACGCCGCGCGUCGGGUGGCUUUCCCUCGACGAAGCGCCGCCGUCGUCGGGGAUUUGCAAGACCAACAUCCCCUUCCUGCAGAAUGUCCUCAACAACUCCCAAAAGCUGCUCUACUACCUGGGUCACGUGAUGGUGAAUGGAGCCAUGACCCCGCUUCCAGUCAAGGCCAAGGUCACCGACGUCGAUCCCGUGGUGCCGGACGUCCCUCUUGGUGAGUCGAUGGCACGUACCGCUUUGCUCCCGUCGGGAUUCCGGGACGUGCUGGUGACACAGGGUCCCGAGGCCUUCACCAUGGCAGUGUGGAAGAACCGCGGCCUGCUGCUCACGGACACCCCGUUUCGCGACGUGCACCAGCCGCUGCUGGCGACACGCGUGGCACGCACGCACGCCCUCAAGGCCAUCUCUCCGUUCGUCGCUCACUCCUUCGGCAACCUGUACAGCAUCGAGAACUGGGGAGGGGCGAAGUUCGACGUGGCGAUGCGCUUCCUGUACGAGCGCCCUUGGAAGCGCCUGCUGAAGAUGCGCAAGCUCAUUCCCAACGUGCCCUUCCAGAUGCUGCUGCGCGGCACCAACUCGGCGGGAUGCGCCAACUACCCCGAUCCACUCCGCCUUCGAGUGAGCGCCUCGCACCCUCCCGUCCCUCGCGGCGGCAGCGGGAUAAACCGGCGCCGUGCGCCGUCAGUUUUUUUGUCGCGGGGCCGAGGCGAGCGUCGAACGUGUUCAUCACGGGACCCGCGGUUGGCCGCAUCUCAGUGGUCACGUGGCGACUGUAUGUCAGCUGCGGGAUCUGGUAGAGGGUAUCCGGCGUUGCCAGUGAGGUGUGAUGGUGGCAUGAACAGCUUCAGCUACGAUGACAUCUUGAUCUUGGAUCACCCUCGCCCCUCACCGCUCACCACAACUCCAAGGCUGCGUGGGCACUACCCGGACAUGCCGAUCCACGUGCGCACUCGCGACACGGCGGGCGCCGGCGUCGCGCCCGUGCUGGCGGCGGCCUCGGCACGUCCACCACGCCAGCACGUGGUGGAUGUGGCGGUGGACUCCAUGCCCGGCAUGAACUCGCGGCCCGGCAUGGGCGCCCUGGUGGCCUCACUGCAGGGCACGGAGCUCGACACGGGCAUCGACCUGCAGAAGGUGUUCGACUACAGCGAGUACUGGGAGGUGGCUCGCCAGCUGUACGCGCCCUUUGACUGCACUGCCACCAUGACGCCGGGCAACUCGGACGUGUACGAGAACGAGAUCCCCGGCGGCCAGUACACCAACUUGCACUUCCAGGUGCACAGCAUGGGGCUUGGACACAAGUUCAAGGAGGUGAAGAAGGCCUACGCCGAGGUUAACAAGCUGCUCGGGGAUCUCAUCAAGGUGACGCCGUCGUCGAUGAUCGUGGGCGACCUCGCGCUGUGCAUGCUGCAGGAUGGCCUGACCCGCCAGGAGGUGUCGCUGCCCGAGUCCGUCGUGGAGUUCAUGCAGGGCCCCACUGCGCAGCAUGGUGAGAGUCCGCCCUUUCGUUCGCCAAUUCUGAAGGACAUGGAGCGGACCGAGGGCCGCCCCGGGGCGUCGCUGCCUCCCCCGGACUUCGUGCAGCUGGAGAAGGAUCCGAAGGGGCGGCACGGGAGGGACAGCCCGGAGGAAGUCGUGUCGGCCUCCGUGCGCCCGCAGGUGUUCGACGAGUACAAGGAGUUCAAGGCGCAGUUCUGGCCGGUCGAGUGCCUCAACACUCGCCUCUUCCUGGAGGGACCCCAAAUUGCCGAAGAAUUCCAGGUUGAGCUGCAGUGGGGGAAGACGCUGAUCAUUAAGGCGCUGGCUCUGGGAGACCUCAACAAGGGCCACCGGGAGGUGUUCUUUGAGCUCAACGGGCAGCUCCGAUCGGUGCUCGUCAAGGACACCAAGGCCAUGAAGAACAUGCACGUGCACCCCAAGGCGCUGAAGAGCGUGAAGGGGCAGGUGGGGGCCCCCAUGCCGGGCAGCGUGAUAGAAAUCAAGGUGAAGGAAGGGCAGCAGGUGGAGAAGGGGCAGCCCCUGUGCGUGCUGAGCGCCAUGAAGAUGGAGACGAUGGUGAACGCGCCCAUGACGGGAAAGAUCACCAAGCUGCACGUGCAACCCAGCAUGACUCCUGCGUCGAAUGAAACGCGAUUGGACGCGCCUGCGGGAAAAGCCUGCGCUAGCGUCCGCGCACGAUUCGUCCGGGAGCAAGGCGUGUGCCCGUUCGUGGGUAUCGCCGCGGAAUUCGAGCAUUGCAGCAAUUGACACUGAAAUGAUUACCUCCGCCCUCUGCUUUCCGGGGCUCGCGAGUGAACAGGGCAGACAGCGGCACGCGCGCGCUGAACCGACCUUCUGUGAGACUUGUCGAGCGCACGCCGUCUGCAGAGUUAGUUGAGGAUAGCUCGGCGUUCCCGCAGACAGCACAGAUUCUCCCCGCACGACAGCAUGCCAUGCCGCAACCACGGGUAAUUAUAUGCUGAAUUCGGAAUGAGGAAAAAAAAGUUUCUAAUUACAUUUCAAAUCAAAAAUUUUAACCAGGAUGUGUAUUAGUCCCAUAAUCUGUUCUCUGUCUGAGAGGGGAUGAAGGCGGUGUGAGCUAUUUCAACCCUUUGCUCGCAAGAAGACGGAAGUGAAAAGAACAAAGUGUGAAUUAAGUUAAUGCUGCGCUAUAUUUCCAGAAGUGGGCAGACAAAAGUAAGAAUGCCGGGGGCCACUAUCUUAUGAGUUUAUGCAUCGUUUUUGAAUCAAUAAUUAUUUUUUUAACCAACCGAUGGGAGCUUUUUGUUGUUGUUAUUUGACCCUUCUUGGUUCGCGUGCCUCUCGGGUAUCAACAACGGCCCACGCCGUGCCAGCGGGAUGGCUGCUCGCUGCAGCGGAUUCGCGACGUUGGGGACAGGGCUCUGGUCUCCAUGUUACAGCCACGGAGGAUCCUACGGAUGUCCGGCUUACGGAGAGUCGGGGGGCGGCGGGGGGGGAAAUGCAUUUUGUUCGACCGUCGGUCAUUAGGAAUUCUGCCGCGGCCCUUGGCUCGCGGCUGAUGAGGAGCUCUGUGAUGAGGUUUUUUGGAACACGGCGCACGUAGCGGCGAGAAAGAUUCUUGCGAGAAAUAAUAAGUGGGCUGAAAACUAAAAUUAGGCCGUAAUUAUAACUAUUAUGUAUAUCGCAUUAAUCAGUGGGGGCACUAAUAAGUAGGAACGCGGGUGAUGGGUGUUUCAAAAUGUCUUCACGAGCAUAACAGUAUCGCGUGUCAUUCUGUUUCCUUACGAAUUAUAAACACCACACAUCAAUCCGAAACAAACUGCCGACCAACAAAUGCUCGUUCGGUAAUUUCAGAAUGAAUUUUCGAUUGAGCCGUUUUACUCGCCAAAGAAAAUUGGAGAGCGCGAGCGAACGAACUUACAAUCCCGAAAUUGCGCACCGCAACGUAAAUUUCAGCGGCGCUGCUGAUCUUUUCCAACAUCGGUUGCAGCCGAAACGAGUAAACGUGGCAAUGGCACCGCGUCUCGCUCAACGUCGGUUGAAGCCACCGGCCGGUGCCGUUUUCGUUGUGAGGGUCGCUCGUGCUGGAUAGAAGACACAGAUCCCCUGUUGUGGGCUACGUAGGCCGGUCUCUGUUCCCCCCGAUCGGGAUCGCACGCCACGAACGAUGAUACGACGCUUUUACUAAUCAUUCGCGCGCGUGGAAUUACGUCAGGCCCUUUGUCAAUCAUGUUUACUUUUGAGUUUACAAAAAUGCUUUUAUGUAAUUAUGUAACGAUCGAAUGUGAUUGAAAUGAUUCACGCCGCUCGCAGAACAAGAAGACCGCUCACGUGCGGAAUCGUCAAUCGUGGAGCAAUAAUAAUAAUAAUAGAGCGUGGGAAUCGUGAAGGGGGUUAUUUAAAAGUGUUCGUAAGUCCGACACUAACACGUGGUAUUAUUACUUGAACGAAGACGAACGCCUUGUAAAUGUCACGCUGUGUGUGUGCGGUCGACAUGUUCGCCGUGAUUGCCGUCAC